AUGGAAAGGUCCAUCCAGCUCCUGGCCUGCUUGGCAUGUGUCAUCCCAAUGGGCUCUUUUGUGAAAACGAAAAGAGAUACUACAGAGAACUUGCUCAACACAGAGGUACACAGUGAGACCGCACAGCGCUGGUCCAUGCAGGUGCCGGCCGAGGUCAGCGCGAGGGCCGGCGACGCGGUCAUGCUACCCUGCACCUUCACGCACCCGCACCGCCACUACGACGGGCCGCUGACCGCCAUCUGGCGCGCGCGAGAGCCGUACUCGGGCCCGCAGGUGUUCCGGUGCGCGGCUGCGCGGGGCAGCGAGCUCUGCCAGACGGCGCUGAGCCUGCACGGCCGAUUCCGACUGCUGGGCAACCCGCGCCGCAACGACCUGUCGCUGCGCAUCGAGCGCCUCGCCCUGGCCGACGACGGCCGCUACUUCUGCCGAGUCGAGUUCACCGGCGACGUCCAGGACCGCUACGAAAGCCGCCAUGGCGUCCGGCUGCACGUGACCGCUGCUCCACGGAUCGUCAAUAUCUCGGUGCUGCCCGGCCCGGCGCACGCCUUCCGCGCUCUCUGCACCGCUGAAGGGGAGCCACAGCCCGCCCUCGCCUGGUCCGGCCCAGCCCUGCGCAACGGGUCGGCGGCUGUGCCGAGUCCCUCUCAAGGUCUCAGCCACCAGGUGACCGCCGAGCUGCCGGCGCUGAUCCACGACGGCCGCUACACAUGUACAGCUGCCAACAGCCUAGGCCGUGCGGAGGCCAGCGUAUACUUGUUCCGCUUCCGCGGCGCUGCCGGGGCCUCGGCUAUCGCGGUCCUGCUAGGCGCGCUUGGCCUCAAGGCGCUGCUGCUGCUGGGCAUCCUGGCCACCUGUGCCGCCCGCAGCCGUGAAGAGCACCCGGUCACUCAGGACACCCCACAACGGCCCCAGGCUCAGGAGUCCAAUUAUGAAAAUUUGAGCCAGAUGAACCCCCAGGGUCCACCAGCAGCUGUGUGCUCACCGUGA